AAAAUUUUUGAGAUGACGAAAAUAAAUGAGAGCUCAGAGAAGCAUUUCAUCUUGAUCGGCUUUUCAGAAUACCCCCGGGCUGAGUUUAUCCUCUCUCUCUUUGCUUCUGGGUUCUACACAAUGACACUGACAGGAAAUGCAGCCAUCAUCUUGGUAUCCAUCCUGGACAGCCGCCUCCAUACCCCAAUGUACUUCUUCCUCCGAAACCUCUCCUUCCUGGACAUAUUUUUCACAACUUCUAUUGUUCCUCAGAUGCUGGUGAACAUGUGGGGAAAUAAUAAAAUCAGUUAUCUUUGCUGCAUGGUUCAGUUAAUUGUGGCCUUGGCUCUUGGCUCCACUGAAUGUGUUCUUCUUGCUGUCAUGUCUAUUGACCGUUAUGUUGCCGUUUGCUGGCCCCUCCGCUACACUACAAUUAUGCACCCACGGAUCUGCCGCAUCCUUGCUGCCAUAUCUUGGAUUUGGGGAUUUGGCAACUCUCUCUUUCAGUCUUCACUGGCCAUCGUUUUACCUCGUUGUGGUCAUCGUCGUGUUGAUCAUUUCUUUUGUGAAGUCUUGAUUAUAAUAAAGCUUUCCUGUGUGGACACUCGUCCAACAGAGGCAAAGAUGUUCGCUCCUCGCCUACUCAUCCUUAUUGUUCCAGUUUCCAUCAUUCUCACCUCAUAUGCCUGCAUAGCCCGGGCUGUGAUAAGGAUGAAAUCUGCUGAAGGAAGACGCAAGGCCUUUGGGACUUGUGCAUCUCACCUGAUGGUGGUCUUUGUCUUCUAUGGAACCGUCAUGUUCAUGUAUCUUCAACCUAAAAAUAACUACUCUCAAAAUCAGGGGAAAGCCCUGGCCCUUAUUUACAUGAUUGUUGCUCCCUCUACAAACCCACUGAUCUAUACUCUGAGGAACAAAGAUGUAAAGAGGGCAAUUAGAAAAAUUUUGUGGAAAGAUUCUACUGAAGACUGA